UGGAAUCUGCGCAGGCGCGCGGUGGGAAAAAUCUUCAGUCUCCGGGAUGGAGGGACAAGACGGCGGUGGUUCUGUGUCCAACGUGGAGCUCUGUAACUUGGCUUACGCGGGGCAGCUGGAGGAGCUCAAGGAGCGGCUGGUCGCCAACCGGAGCCUGGCAACACGCGCCGAUCAGGACAACAGGACAGCUCUACAUUGGGCCUGUUCAGCUGGUCAUUCAGAUAUUGCUGACUUUUUGCUAAGUCUGGGAGUGCCUAUUAAUGACAAGGAUGAUGCUGGCUGGACCCCUUUGCAUAUUGCCGCAUCGGCUGGCCGGGAUGAAAUUGUGAAAGCUCUCCUUCAGAAAGGCGCUGAGGUGAACGCCGCCAAUCAGAACGGCUGCACCCCGCUGCAUUACGCCGCGUCGAAGAAUAAGCAGGAGAUUGCACUGAUGCUGCUGGAGAACAAAGCUAAUCCAGAUGCAAAGGAUCACUUAGCCUCCACCCCGUUACACAGAGCAGCCUCCAAAGGGAACCUGAAAAUGAUGCAGAUCCUUCUGAAGCACAAAGCGUCAGUCAACUUACAGGACUCGGAAGGAAACACGCCUCUACACUUGGCAUGCGAUGAAGAGCGGGUGGAUGAAGCGAAGCUCCUGGUGGCCCACGGGGCCAGCCUCUACAUUGAGAACAAAGAAGAAAAAACCCCUUUGAAGGUUGCAAAAGGAGGACUGGCAUCCAUCCUCAGAAGGCUGGUUGAGGGGUAGCUGCUCUGUGAGAGCACCCUAAAUUCCAUUCUCCACAUUCAUAACAGAGAAAAGAAAUCUGAUCCCUCGUCCUGCAAGAAGAGGUGACGGCUCAGAAAUCGAGCAAGCCUGGCCAGAAUUCAAGGCUGCAGAAUCUCUUCCCCUCCAGAGGUGGCUGAACUACAAUUCCCAGCAGCCAACUGCAAGCAGUAGAGGAUUCUGGGAUUGUACAUCUGGAGGGCCACUGGUUGCAGCUGCUUCCCUGGAUUAUUAUUUUUUUGCUGUAAUAUUUUUGGAAUCUUUUUGCAAGUAUCUUUGGCUUCAGCCUUUUACCUCCUGGAUGCAGUAAGGUUGGAGCGGAGCAUUAUGGAUAGAAAGCUGAUAGAUUUAAACUUAGUUCGGGAAAGCUGCAGGUAACACAAAUUGUUCCUUGUGAAUAAAAGCUAAUGUAGUUGACAUUGUGGAACUUCUUGGAUUUACUUGUCGGGACCUUAUGUGGCUAAUUUCUGGUUUCAGCAAACUACUUAUUAAAAUAAUUACUG